CAGAAAAAAGAGCCAUUCAGAAGCGUGUGACCUCGGUCCUCACGGACGUUCACGUAAAGGUGUGCGCCCGCAUAAAGGAGACCGGGCGACUCGGCCGCCGAGGCUAGCGUCUAUCUUCUAUUUUUAAGCAGCCACUAGGCCUCGCAGCCCACAAAUCUGAACCGGAACCUACGCCAGACCCUCAGCCCCUCGCCAGACCGCGAAGCCUGUGCCUCGGCCGGAAGGAGGCGGGGCUUCGGACCGGCGCGGCGAGGUCCGCCACGGCUAAGGGGUUCCUCCCGCGUUUCCGGCUCACCCCCGUCUCUUGGGUCCUGUGGUCUCGCCCGUACCCGCUGCCAUGUUGGAUUGUGCGGCUACCGCCGCCGCCGCCGCCGCCGCCGCCGCCGCCGCAGCCGAGGGAGCGUUGGAGGAGGAGUUGAGAGUUUAGCGCAGGAGCAGGACUGAGAACACAAGGCGCCUCCGGCCCGAGCCUAGCCGGACAGGAUCUCGGAGCUUCCCUUUCUCAGCGCGGCUUAAAGGCGGCCCGCCGUCUCAUCCUUCUUUCCUUGGCCUCCUCCUCCUUCCCGCUCCGGAGAAUCUGCGAGAUGCUGCGCCUCUGAUUCCCCUCCUCCCGCCUCUGUCACCGAGAGGGGGAACGAGCGCUCGCCCACUUGCUGGAGAAGACGGCCCUGGUUUACCAGCUCCGCCGGCGAAACCAUGAGCUCCGGCCAACAGCAACCGCCGCGGAGGGUCACCAACGUGGGGUCCUUGCUGCUCACCCCGCAAGAGAACGAGUCCCUCUUCACCUUCCUCGGCAAGAAAUGUGUGACUAUGUCUUCAGCAGUUGUACAGUUAUACGCAGCAGAUCGGAACUGUAUGUGGUCAAAGAAGUGCAGUGGUGUUGCUUGUCUUGUUAAGGACAAUCCACAGAGAUCUUAUUUUUUUAGAAUAUUUGACAUCAAGGAUGGGAAACUAUUGUGGGAACAAGAGCUAUAUCAUAACUUUGUAUAUAAUAGUCCUAGAGGAUAUUUUCAUACUUUUGCUGGAGACACUUGUCAAGUUGCUCUUAAUUUUGCCAAUGAAGAAGAAGCAAAAAAAUUCCGAAAAGCAGUUACAGACGUGUUGCUCCGGCGGCAAAGGAAAUCUGAGAAAAGACGAGACCCCCCAAACGGUCCUAAUCUACCCAUGGCAACAGUUGACAUAAAAAAUCCAGAAAUUACAACAAAUAGAUUUUAUGGUUCACAAGUCAACAAUAUCUCCCAUACCAAAGAAAAGAAGAAAGGAAAAGCUAAAAAGAAAAGACUAACUAAGGCAGAUAUUGGAACACCAAGCAAUUUCCAACACAUUGGACAUGUUGGUUGGGAUCCAAAUACUGGCUUUGAUCUGAAUAAUUUGGAUCCAGAAUUGAAGAAUCUUUUUGAUAUGUGUGGAAUCUCAGAGGCACAGCUAAAAGACAGAGAAACAUCAAAAGUUAUAUAUGACUUUAUUGAAAAAACAGGAGGUGUUGAAGCUGUUAAAAAUGAACUACGAAGGCAAGCACCACCACCUCCACCACCAUCAAGGGGAGGUCCACCUCCUCCCCCACCCCCUCCACAUAGUUCAGGCCCUCCUCCCCCUCCUGCCAGGGGAAGAGGUGCUCCUCCUCCACCACCUUCAAGAGCUCCCACAGCUGCACCUCCACCACCGCCUCCUUCCAGGCCAGGUGUAGGAGUCCCUCCACCGCCACCAAAUAGGAUGUACCCUCCACCGCCUCCAUCCCUUCCUGCCGCAGCACCUUCAGGGCCUCCUCCACCGCCUCCACCUCUAUUGGUGGCAGGAUCAGGGGUACCACCCCCACCGCCUCCACCUCCGCCUCCUCCAGGGCCACCUCCUCCCCCUGGCCUUCCUUCUGAAGGUGACCACCAAGUUCCAACUCCUGCAGGAAGCAAAGCAGCUCUUUUAGAUCAAAUUAGAGAGGGAGCUCAGCUGAAAAAAGUGGAACAGAACAGUCGACCGGUGUCCUGCUCUGGAAGGGAUGCACUUUUAGACCAGAUACGACAGGGUAUUCAGCUAAAAUCUGUAUCUGAUGGCCAAGAGUCUACAUCACCAACACCUGCACCUACUUCAGGAAUUGUGGGUGCAUUAAUGGAAGUGAUGCAGAAAAGGAGCAAAGCCAUUCAUUCUUCAGAUGAAGAUGAGGAUGAAGAUGAUGAAGAAGAUUUUGAGGAUGAUGACGAGUGGGAAGACUGAUUAACAUAUAUUAUACAUAUAUAUAUUUUUAAGUUGAAAUACUAAACACUACUUUCUGUCUGUGGAUUCUGUAAAAUUAUCAUGUAAAUGUUCUACCGAUUUGCUGUAUAUUUUUGUUGCCUUUUUUGCUUUUUUUUUAAUUAAUCUGUGCAAUACCUCAUUUAAUCUUUAAAGGUUUGUCAUAAUCCUCUACAAACUACUCCCUGUUAUUGUAUGCAAGCUUACACCAGGAUGCUCACUUUAUUUGUGAAUAUUUUUCAUUCCAUCACCAGGGGAGUUUAAAUAUUAUAUAUGAGACUGACAAAGACCUUAAUGUAAUUUAGUUAUAAUCCCAGAAGGAAAACACUAUUUUCAUACCCUACUUUUUCUGUACCUAAAUUUUCUUAUUAAAAUCUAGUAUAGCACUACAUUCUUUUUUAAGCAGUUGCAAACCUUAGUUUAUUUAGCCCCUUUAUUUUGAAUACCAUGCUACAUGAAUGUUGAAAUUGAUACAUCGCACAGUUCUCUAGACAUCAGUACACUGAUCCAGUGUCUCAAAUUUUAGCAAUAUGCUCUACAUAAAAUCACUACAGAGAUGCUCAUCAAGAACAUCAGUAACACACCUCUCACAGCAAUAUUGUCCAUUGUUGUACAGUGGUAUUUGGAGGCUGGAAUCAUAAGGAGCCCUUACAUACCUGCUCAUGACCAAGGUUCCAAGGUUAUUUAUAUGCUGUAGCAAAUGUGGCAGGCUCUUUUUGGCAAAAUAUAUAUAUAUCUUUAAAUAUAUACACGUAUAUUUUUAUUAUUCUGAAACAGAAGUGUUAUUUAAAUUGUUGGAGUUCGGGGAGCUAUGGGGAAAAUUUUGUUCUACAUGGAAUGAGGGACAUACAUUAUGGUUGUUCCAGUAUUUGGUUAAAUAGACUAUAAAAAAUCAGAACAUUAUAAAAAUGGCAUGGAAUUGAGUAUUUUUAUUUUGCGGUUUGUAUGGAUUGAGAUAUUCAGAAAGACCAACCGUAAAAAUAUAAUCUAGAAAACUGGCAGAUGGAUAUACUGUAAGGCUGAACUUAAUAGACAGUAGUUUUCUAUUUUGAUAACUUCUCAAGGUUUUUGUCAAGUAUCAGGUGAAGGUUAUAUUUUUCUUAAAAGAUUGGUGGUCCUAAUGUCAAAUUUGUUGGAACACAAAACUGAAUGAUAGACUUUUUUAAAAUAAAAUUUUACAUCCUGCGCAUUUGUUGUGCAUACUAAAUGGUGUGUUAAAAUUAGGGUUUCCUUGCCUCUACAAUACACUAAUCUGUCUAAAGAUGGUUGUUUCAUAUUUAUAGUGCUGAUUAUCAUACCUACCUACUUAAAAUAUCAGGUAGAAAAUUAUCUGAUUUAAAUACAUUUGCAUAUUUUUCUCACAUUGAGUCAUAUGCAGAAUGUGGUUCCAAAUGUAUUUCAUUGCUAUAUUCACAAUAUCCAACUAAAAAUUAAGCUAUUUAGAUCUUAACUGACCAACCAAAAUCUAGUAUUGGUAUGAUCUUGACAGGCUGGACCUGCAAGAUGUAGCUUGAAUUUUAACCAGUUAUCACAUAAUCUCUAGUGAUCAUGCAUCUAGUUACCAUAAGACAUAAUUUAAAAGGUUUUGUUGCUGAAAGCAGUAAGUGGUGCAGUAAAAUAGUUAAGUUAUUCAAAUAAUGUUAUCUCCUUGCAAGAAUAAUUUAAGCACAUGGGAAAGAUUCUAGACUUUUUGUUUCUUGCAAAAACAGUGCCCUCAGCUGCUAGAAACCUUUAUCUGCUUACUUUCAUUUUUAUUGUGGCUUGAGCUCAGCGAGUCUGGUGUGGAUGAGGCUAGACAACUAGUAACCAAUAAAAUUAGGAAUUUGUGCAAAUGAUAAAUAGAAAAUUAUAAUUAUUUUAAAUAAUAUAAAACAUUUUCCUUUUUUUUUUUUUUUUUGACAGUAUAAAAAACAUUUUAAAUUUUCCAGAAAUGUCUUCAGGGUAAUGUCAAUUUAAGAUCUCUCUUAACUUAACUUAAUUCAGGGUUUUCCAACUAACCUUUGUACAAUAAAUAUUUAUUAAGAGCUGCUCUGGGCAGAGGAUAUCAAUUCUUUGGAUUGGAAACACAAUUUUAUACCUGUAAGAUGGAUGUAUAAUUUGCCAAAGGUAAUUGGGUUUAUUCUUUCUUCUUUAAGACAAAAAGAUUUUUGUUGUUGCACAAAGUCUGUAUUACUAUUGGUUGAAACACAGCAGCUGUGGAGUUCAGUCUGGCAUGAAGACUAAAUGUGCUUUCAAGUAAGACGUAAAGGUUGCAUGUUUCAGUCCUCCACCGUUUUGCACUAUGGGCAGCACUAUACCUGUGCUUCAUCUGAAAGCCUCCCAACUAUACUCCAGUUAAAUGAUUGUCUGAUAGCCUUCGCAUUUAACAAACAAGCAUGAGGCUUUUUAUAUCUAAAUGCUAUGUGAUAGACAAUUUCAGCUAGCCACAUAUUGUAUGUAUGAGAUUCAUAAAGACUUGCAAUCAUUCAUUUCCAUUUAUCAACUGAAAUUUUGUUUAGUAUGUGAAUUUUUUUGAAAUGUAUAGUGAAUAGGAUGUUGCACUGGUGGCAAUUCAUCAUGGAGCAUAAUAAAAUUAAUUUGACCUAAA